AUGUCUUUAGAGGUCUUCAUUCUCCUGGCUGCCUUGAUUUGGCCUUGCGCUGAGAACAUCUAUGUGAAAAUAAGUUGUUCCAUGGACUGGGUGAUGGUCUCAGUUAGUCCAUGUGCAUACAGCAGCAAUCGGUAUAUAUUUGCUGAUGAAUUAUAUCUGGGAUCGGGCUGCCCUGUGACUCGGAUACAAACAUAUGCAUAUGAUUUUAUAUAUCCUGUUCAUGAUUGCGGCAUCAGGACAAAGGUUGUUUCAGAGGAUACUCUCCUUUUUCAAACUGAGAUGUACUUUAACCCUAGGAAUAUACAGUGUGACUGUCAGAAAAUCCCUUUGGAGUGUUCUGCCUCUAGGAAAUCAACAUGGCUUAUACCAGUUUCUACAGAUAAUGAAAUAAAAUCAGAUCUCAGUCCCUUUGUUGCUGACUUGGAGACAAAGCCAGAAGAGUUAGGAUUAUUAAGCUGUAGUCACACUGACUCCCUCCUUAAGGAGAAACAGAAACUUGGAAUUGGUAUCAUGAAUUUUGUUGGAAAAACAAUGCUUGACUUGAAGCAUGGAAUCAUGGGAACAUAUUGGAACCUGCAUCUUUCUCUCAUUGUCUCUAAUCUUGACCAUAUGGAUGACCUGCAGAAGAAGGUGGCACUCAUCAUCAUGGAGUUGCGCAAGUACGUGGUCCAAGGCUCAGGGAGGAUGAAGGAGGAGAUUGACGAGAGCAGGAGAAGCUGCAGGCCCAGCGAUGGUCCUGUGCUAACAAGGUGUGCCAGCAGAUCAGCAGCAGUGGGUGCACGGUGCAGCAGCACCCGGCCCUCUACAUCCACCUUUGGAGCAUCUUGGCUGCUGCCUCACUUCUGUGUUCCAGAUCUCACGCAAAUUUCUAAUGUGGCGAACCUUAACCCAGAACUGUUCAGGGAAGGGAAUUCUGGCAAAUCUAGUUCCAGCUUAGCUAAUUGA